CCAACCCAGACUGCACCAGAAGCUGGGAAAUUACAGCUGAUUUCCUGGGGCGUGACCGCCUGCAAUACAACUGGAGUUCUGUGAGAAGGAAGAAGGGAAAAUGCACUGAAGGAUGCUGCCCAGGGAGACCAUCGCCUGAGACCCCAUCAUGCAGGCCUUCCCGCAAGGGCCCGGCAGCUGGACAAGGUGAAAGCAGAGUAUGCUCGACUUAAACACACGCUCACCAUAGUGACCAGAGAACGCGAUUUGGCCGUGAAGGAGAAACACCAACUCCAAGCCAAGCUGGAGAACCUAGAACAGGUCCUAAAGCACAUGCGAGAGGCCGCGGAACGGCGGCAGCAGCUGCAGUUGGAGCAUGAACAAGCCCUGGCCGUCCUCAGCGCCAAGCAGCAGGAAAUCGACCUCCUGCAGAAGGCUCAGGUUGAAGCUAAGAAAGAACACGAAGGCGCAGUGCAGCUGCUAGAGCGCAGGGCACGGGAGCUAGAGGAGAAAUGCCGCGCGCAGAGUGAGCAGUUCAGCCUGCUGUCCCGGGACCUGGGUCGGCUCCGGGAGCACGCGGGCGAGAUCGACCUGCAGGGAGGCAGCUCCCUGGACGUCCCCUCGUCCCCCGGCAAGCCCUUCCGGAGCUUCAUGAACGGACUGGCUCCCUCCAUUGGCAAAGGUCAGGAGAGCUCCGCUGGAAGCCGCACUGUGAUCGGUGAAUCUAUCCGGCCCCUCCCGCUCCCAGGUGACAAGCCAGAACCUCUGUCCAUCAAGCCCCCCUUUCUGUCGAGACCUGGUGGCCCAAGAUGCAGAUUUGAAGCCGACAUGGAUAAUGAAUGGAAUUCCAGUACCGCCAAGCAGAGGUACUCGGGGAAGGUCCACUUGUGUGUCGCCCGCUAUAGUUACAACCCCUUUGACGGGCCAAAUGAGAACCCAGAGGCUGAGCUGCCCCUCACGGCGGGGAAGUACCUCUACGUCUAUGGAGACAUGGACGAGGAUGGCUUCUAUGAAGGCGAGCUCCUGGACGGGCAGAGGGGCCUGGUGCCCUCCAACUUCGUGGAUUUUGUCCAGGACGAGUCUCGACUGGCAAGCACUCUGGGGAAAGACCAGGAUCAGAACUUCAUCAACCAUGCCGGCGUCGGCUCGGACGGGGAGCACAUCCUGGACCUCCACUCCCCGACGCACAUGGACUCUGGCCCUUCCGACCACGGGGCGGGGAUGCUGGACAUGAACAUCGAUGACAUCGGAGAAGACAUCGUGCCUUACCCUCGGAAAAUCACCCUCAUCAAACAACUUGCCAAAAGUGUCAUUGUGGGCUGGGAGCCCCCGGUGGUGCCCCCGGGCUGGGGGACUGUGGGCACCUACAAUGUGCUGGUGGACGCAGAGACGCGCCUGAGCCUGGCGCUGGGUGGCAGGACCAAGGCCCUGGUGGAGAAGCUGGACACGGCAGCCUGCACCUACCGCAUCUCCGUGCAGUGUGCCACCAGCCGGGGCAGCUCGGACGGGCUGCGCUGCACGCUGCUGGUGGGCAAGGACGUGGUGGUGGCACCGUCCCACCUGCGUGUGGACAACAUCACGCAGGUCUCCGCCCAGCUCUCCUGGAUGCCCACCAACAGCAACUACAGCCAUGUCAUCUUCCUCAACGAGCAGGAGCUGGAUGUCGUCCGGGCCACCAGCUACAAGUACCAGUUCUGCAACCUCAGGCCCAACGCGGCUUACAAAGUGAAGGUCCUGGCCAAGCCCCACCAGGUGCCCUGGCAACUGCCCCUGGAGCAGAGGGAGAGGAAGGAGGCCUUCGUGGAGUUCUCCACGCUGCCGGCAGGUCCUCCCGCCCCUCCCCAGGACAUUGCCGUCCAGGCCGCAGCCACCCCAGCCACUGUCCAGGUCUCCUGGAAGCCGCCCGCGCUGACGGCCACGGGGCUGUCCAAUGGAGCCAACGUCACCGGCUACGGCGUGUAUGCCAAAGGACAGAGGGUGGCUGAGAUCAUCUCUCCCACCGCGGACAGCACAGCCGUGGAGCUGGUGCGGCUGCGGAGCCUCGAAGCCAAGGGUGUGACCGUGCGGACCCUCUCCGCCCAGGGCGAGUCCGUAGACUCUGCCACCGCUGCCAUCCCCCCCGACCUCCUGGUGCCUCCUGCCCCCCACCUGAGAACUGCUCCCACACCGAAGCCAUUAGCAAAUGCUGGAGCCCCCGAUACCAAAGAUGAACACCUGGGUCCGCACGCCGCGGCGCAUGAGGCCUGGGAGCUCGGCCGGGCGCCUGCUCCGGCCCACGGGCACCUGCUGGAGCCGCCCGGCCUGCAGGGCUCGGGCCCGGGGCGGCGGUCGCCCUCGCCCAGCCGCAUCCUUCCGCAGCCGCAGGGCGCCCCGGUCUCCACCUCCGUCGCCAAGGCCAUGGCCCGGGAAGCCGCGCAGAGGGUGGCCGAGAGCAGCAGGCUAGAGAAAAGGAGCGUCUUCCUGGACAGGAGCAGUGGGCAGUACGCAAACUCGGACGAGGAAGACAGCUACGAGUCCCCCGACGCCAAGAGGAGGGGCGCGUCGGUGGACGAGUUUCUGAAAGGCUCGGAGCUAGGCAAGCCGCCACACUGUUGCCAUGGAGACGAGUACCACACGGAGAGCAGCCGGGGGUCCGACCUCUCGGACAUCAUGGAGGAAGACGAGGAAGAACUGUGCUCGGAGAUGCAGCUGGAGGACGCGGCCCGGAGGCGGCCCGGCGGCGCGGCCCGCAGUGCCCUCAAGAUUUUAGGAAACCCGGUGACUGCUGGACGGGCUGAUCGGGUGGAUCACGUGGGCCGGAGGUUUCCCCACGGCAGUGCCAGCCGCCACAGGUCCCGGCCAAUGAUGGUCCCGUCUGCCGAUGAGUACGGUGGGCGGAACCGGCUUUCUCCAGACUUCUACGAAGAGUCGGAGACGGACCCUGGGGCGGAAGAGCUCCCACCUCGGAUCUUUGUGGCCCUUUUCGACUACGAUCCCCUCACCAUGUCCCCGAACCCAGAUGCUGCGGAAGAGGAGCUUCCCUUUAAAGAAGGGCAGAUCAUCAAGGUCUACGGUGAUAAAGAUGCUGAUGGAUUCUACCGCGGGGAAACCUGCGCCCGGCUUGGCCUUAUUCCUUGUAACAUGGUCUCUGAAAUCCAGGCAGACGAUGAAGAGGUGAUGGAGCAGCUCCUCAGACAAGGCUUCCUCCCCCUGAACACACCUGUGGAGAAAAUAGAGAGAAACAGAAGGAGCAUCAGGCAGCCCUCGGUGGCGACGCGGAGGAUGGUUGCCCUGUACGACUACGACCCGAGGGAGAGCUCGCCCAACAUCGAUGUCGAGGCUGAACUUACAUUUUGCACUGGAGAUAUUAUUACUGUUUUUGGUGAAAUUGAUGAAGAUGGAUUUUAUUAUGGGGAGCUUAAUGGGCAGAAAGGCCUCGUACCCUCCAACUUCCUAGAAGAAGUACCUGAUGACGUAGAAGUCUAUCUUUCUGACGCGCCGCCCCACUACCCGCAGGACACGCCGACGCGCUCGAAGACGAAAAGGAAGAAGAGUGUGCAUUUCACCCCUUAAUCAGGCAAUGUAGCCUUCACGUAAGUGAGCAACUGAAGAUACCUGUAAACAUAGCAACCUAAGCUACCUGCAGUGGACCAAUGCGGUAGACUUAAGGCUUCACUGGGGGGCUAAAAAAAAGAAGAAAUAUGUCUCAAAAACUCACUGGACCUAAAGUGUUAUUGGUCUCAGUUGUAAAGCAACUGAAUUUGUAGAGAAAUAAAUCAGCUUUGAUAAUCAUUUCCUACGAUUUACGUUAAGAAUAUUUGGAAGAGGCCAACAUUGGGAACAUAUUUCUUAACAGGCUAAUUGUUUGUUUACACAGUGUUCCAAUGUCUAGUCAUAAUUCAAGCUGCAUAUUGCAUUGUUAGCCACUCUUGGGAAAAGCACAACCUAAUAAAAUGUUUCCUCUGGAAAUUUUACCUAAAAAAAACCCCGCAACUCAAGAUCGAGCGGAUGAGUAGUGAACACGAGGUGAUCUAGAGUUGCCUCUGAACGCUCCCCAUGCUGCCUGGAAUGGCAGGCAGCUUUUUCUUAAGUGACCGUCCCUCUACCUUACGGGAGAGCUGAUGCGUCUCCUCAAAGCACAAGCAAGUGUCCUGAACACGCAGGCGUUUGGCUGGAAGACUGCUUUGUUGGCAUACCAAUGCAAUACCAAGUUUAAUGAAACAUGCAGCUCAAAUGAUUGCAUUAGAUGGAAUAGAUGGUAUCUUCAGGUGUACUUUGGGAUGAUUUAGUAGGUGUUCUCCAUUAGAAUUAGACCCUGAUUUUAAAUCCAAGGAAGCUUGAAGCCCCUGGGCUCCUGUCUGCCUGAUGAAUAACGAGUCCUCGUAUUAGAAAGAGCUUUGCUCUGGUGGGGUAAGGGAGCAAGAGGAAAGGUGGUGUUAUGUAAUCGCAGGCAUGCAUGCGACCGUAAACGCGGGUGAGCCCACGUCGUCAUGCCCGCGUUAGAAUACAGUUCCGCUCCUGCAAGGCACCGGGAAGCACUCGAGAGCACGGAAACCCUACCAUGUGCUCUGUAUCGACAAAAACGCACCUUUAAUAUCUUGGAAAUAAUGAGAGCGUACAAUAAGGGCCUUUAAGCUUUCUUUGAUUGAAAUUAAGGUUCAUUUUAUUUUUUUUAUUUAUUUUUCUUUCAACCGGUGCGCCAUCUCCAGUAUUUCUCUAGUAUACUAGCCCAGGAAUGUACUCAACGUCAGGAUCUCACAUGCCCAAGUAGUUUUCAAAUUCGAAAUUCCCCUUAAGAACUUCUGCUUUUAAGAUUACUGACGGGUACUCAGCCAGUCUUACUCUCUACCUACCUAAUUCAAAAUGACUCCUCCUUCCUGCUUCUGGUCUUAAGUUACAAAGUCAGUGAUUACCCAGCUCUGUGUUGCCAGAGCAAUGGCCACUCCCUCCCCUGAACACAAAGAAACCGAAAACCCCACACUGCCGGCCCUCUGUCUGGGGGCCCUCAGACCCCGCCUCUGAGCUAUGCCGUGGGAGGGCCGUGUGCCUCUCACGGGAUACUUCAACCCUUCAGAGAAGAAACGAACCACGCUCACCUUGCCUGGUGGGAAGCGGGGCCGUGUGGCGUCACUGAUGCUGCGCGGCGAGCGGAGGGGUGCUGCCGGCGCUCGCGCACUCAGUGACCUGUACCAAUGUGCCUACUAGGUUCCUCCUGAGGGUUCAGGUACAGCCAGGAGAGUACCAUCUCCCACAGCCCAUCUCCAUUCUGGGCCACCUACGUCAUCUAUGGGUACUGGUAGUCCUGGGAGAGGCAGGGAAAUGUCCUCGAGAAAGAAAAAGGGGCUGCUUUCCAAAGGCAAGAAACUGCUGAAAAAGCUGGGUGCAGUGAAAUGAUUCACGUGCUUCCGGACAACUUCCAAAUCUAUGUAAUUUUCUUUAAUUCCAAACUAGGGCUUUCAUGACUCAAGUACUUCCUAAAAAACCAAUCUUCUCCCCUGACACCAGUAGAGAAAUGCUCUUUGCACUACCGUCCACUUUAAACCCAGCGCCAGGACACAGAGCUGCUGGUACUCCCGCCGGGCCUCCGCGCCCAUCGCUCUUGUUAUUGCCGGGCCCUGGCGGGAGCUGGGCUGUCUCGUGAGCACACAGGGCGGCCAGUAGCUCUUUGUAGCUCACUCCCUACCUGGGGCCCCAGCCUUUGUGCAUUUGUCAUCUGCCCUUGAAGGAAUGAUUCCAACCUCGCUCCCUUUUCAAAAAUGCUUGCCUCAUGACGCAUAACUCUCACUUGAACUCUGGUCUUGAAAUUCCUAGUUUAACCGCCUUGAUGUCCUGCCUUAUAAAUGCACAGUGAUCUGUACUGUCCAAUAAAAGCUACGGUGUACACGUUGUAUGUGUUGUGCAUUCAGUGCCCUCCACCCUCACAGACACAGUGCUUUGAGACCAAGUUGCACAGGCUGUGCAGUGAUAAGAUCCUGGUUUUCUGUCUUUCGAAGCAAGCCAGGCGACACACAGGAAAUGUUUACUUAUUCAAAUCAUUUAAAAAAGAGGAGAGGAAGUAACUUUGGUAAAGUACCACUACUCCAACCUGCCAAAAAGCUGGUAAUAUUCAUUGCUUUCAGUGUUACAUUUUGUGGCAUAUGGACUUACGUUACUUUCAUUAUUUGUCAAAAUGCCAUACACAGAUAAUCAACAAUGAACAGCCUACACGUAAAGCAAUCCACAUAAGCCACACCGAAAACAUACUAACUUUAAGUCUGUUCAAAAUGACUCCACACCAGUCUUCACCAUUGGCACCCGAACAACAACAACAAAGAUUUACAGAGUUGCUGGCAGAUGUAUUUGAUGGUUACUAUUUUGUAAUUCUUGUCCACUUGUAAAUUGUUUUUACUCUUUAUACAUACUUUUCAGACUGCCUUUCUUUUGUAAUUUAUGGGAGGUUUGUAAAUGAAUGAUGACGCUUUCCCCAUUGUGUCUUCAAAAACUAUAUUGUAAAUUGUAAUAUAAUAGUAUGUGGUAGAUUUAUUAAAAGGAAAUUACUCAAUGUGUGGUUAAGUUCUGUGUGGGUGUGUGCAUGUGU